AUGCACUGUAGAUAUGCUCAACAUCUGUCAAAGCGCAUCGAGGAUCUCGCGCUUAUCGGCAUAAUAGAGGUCAUCACAGACGUGCCUGAGUGCUUCAUCCGACAUGAACAAGCCACAGAACGAUCUGGCCAGAACAGGACUCAAAACAGGAUAAACCCGUAA